AUGUCUGGCCCUGGCCGUGGCCGUGGCCGUGGCCUUGGACGUGUCAGUCUGUUCAACGACCUCUCGGAGGUGGAGACAGGCGUGUUCUGGAACAUGGCGGAGUGCCCGAUCCCUGAGGGCAUGGAUAUUACUAGUGUUGUAGGCAACAUUACCAAGUCCCUUAACGGAGAAGGUUUUAAUGGAAGGAUCACCGUCUAUGCUUAUGAUGAUAUAUCUCGCUACGGACAAAGCUAUACCGAUGCCAACGUGAUUACUAAUCGCUUACACUUAGGAGAUGGUGAUGAGAAUCUUAUGAUGACUAUAUCAGAUUUUCUUUGCUGGGCAGCUAGGCAUCGUGCACCAGCAAAUAUAAUGGUGGAGUCAAGGGAGAUCUUUGAUGACUCUAUAGAUAAAGCAUGGCUUUGGGAUCACCUUGCUUCUGGAAGACCCGCUCUCUCCCCACCACCUAACAGCUUUUGGGAAUAUGUAACAGCUUUUCGCAUCCCACCACAUCCCGAUUUCCCCUUAGGCCCUUGGGAACCUGUUCGUGUUUAUCGAAAUUCUGCUCUCAUCCCACCACCUACCGAUAGCCUCACAGAACUUGAAGAAACUCUCAUUUUUGAUGAUGAAGGACGGAUCACCGGACGACGUCUAUGCAAGUCUAUGCAAACAAAAUUUAUGGAACUAAAUCUCAAGGAGAUCUCAAGUGACGAGGCUCAUGGUUUAAUUCAACAAGUUUCUUAA